AUGAAGACUGAGGAGGAUGAAGAAAUUCCAGCAACAAGCAAGUUCAGGUGUCACUUUUACCAGUACACAAGGUAUAGGUUAGAUUUGAAUUUCCUCUCAACAAAAACUCCAGGGUUUCUGCAGCGCAGUAUCUGGGUAGAUGGCAAUCGCCAUAUCAUUUUUUACACUGAGAGACAGUUGCAGUUGUUAGGCAAGGCAAAGACAUGGUACAUGGACGGCACAUUUGGUGUGGUUAACAACCCCUGGAAGCAGUUGUUUUCAAUUCAUGCUUUUGUUAAAUCUGGUGACCACAUGAAACAAAUACCCCUUGUUUUCUGCAUCAUGUCUGGAAGGAAAAAAGAAGAUUAUUACCAAGUACUGAGGUUCAUUGACUAUCAACUGCCAGAGCAUAUUUCUUUGAGAGGUUUCGUGGCAGAUUUUGAGGCUGGUUUAUGGCAAGCACUGAAGAAACGCUUCCCCCAUCAUGCCAUUCAAGGCUGUGCCUUUCAUUGGUCACAGGCUGUCUUCAGGAAAGUCCAGGAACAUGGUCUACAGAGAGCCUACAAUGAGAGGAACGAUGUGUACCAUUUUGUGCCACAAGUUCUGGCAUUGCCAUUCCUUCCACCAGAACACAUUGAGGACACCUUCCAUCAACUGGAUGCGCGAGCUCCAAGAGCCCUGGUACCUGUCAUGGACUAUGUCUACAGGACUUGGAUCACCAGCACGGUAUUCAAGAUUGACUCCUGGAGCAUAUUCAUGACAGCUAUCAGGACAAACAAUGAUGUAGAAGGUUGGCAUAACCGCCUUAAUAGUGCCGUGGCAGUGAGAGGACCAGUGCCCUUUUACAGCCUUAUUCAAGAACUCUACAGAGAGUCCAAGGACAUUCCCCUGCAACUGAGGCUGGUGACUGAGGGAAAGCUGCAACGUUACCAGAGAAAACAAUCCAGACAUGUCCAGGGGAAAGUUUUCAAAUUUUGGAACAAGUACUGUGAAAGAGAGAUCAGUGCUAGUCGAUUGCUCAAAGAGUGUGCAGCCAUCUAUGGACCUCCUGUCCAGUGA